AUGGAGAACCGGGAUUUUUCAAGCUCAUCCGCGCUGUCGGAAGAGACAGAUGAGCCGGACACGACGGAAUUCUCCGCGAGCUCCGAAGUCUUACCGAAGCCCCCGGUUGUCAAGGUUCGAAACGUGGCUGAGGAGCUCGGAGAGUCCGAGGAGGAAUCGGAGAAGCCGGAGAAGGCGGAGGGGCAGGACUGGAGAGACUUGGACCAGGGCGAUGAGUCCAGCGAGCCCCCCAAGUCCCAGGGCCCCUUCGAGCCCCGCGUCCACUACUACGAGGCCUCCGAGCCUCCCCGGCACCACGAGCCCCAGGAGCCUCGCGCACCCCACAAGUCCCGCAGGGUCCAGAAGCCCCACCAACCCCAGCAGCCCCGUAAGUCCCGCGACCCGGAGGAGGACGAGCUGCUCCCCAAAGCCACGCUGACCUUCUCCCCGUCUCUCAUCACCAGGGCCCCGCCAGGGCUUGGGCGGUGUUCCCUGCCCGCAACUCCUGCUUCCUGUAAGGACUUUGUAAAGAAAUGUUCUUUUUCUAGGAAGAGACUCCACGAUCUUUCUAGGCCCAAAAACCAGUGGGGAACUCCAGAUAGAAAACUAUUUUGGGGAAAUCAAGAUCCCAUUCGCCCUAUUUCCUUGGGUGCUUUGAAGGCUCUGCUGACCAGAAGGCUGGAGGACCUCGCCCAACACAAAAAAGUCUCCCCCCAUUAUGUUCCUAACAGGGCUCAAUAUUGCUACAGCUGUGGCAGAGAGUCUGCCAUUUGGACGAUCCCUCCUUCUGUGUUGUUUACCCAGCCCUCCAAAAGGAUCGAGAGGCUGUCACAGCCCAAUAGAUUCAAAAGCCAGGAUCUACUAAAUAGGCCCUUCAGUGGUCAGACUGGAAGACAGUAUCUCCGAUUCUCUGACCCUUCUCCCCGGCUAGUACGACUCUCCAUAGCCAAAGGCACACAUCCAAACUAUCUUCCUCCAAAAAGCAUUGAAACCAAGAUUUCGAUUUCUACCCUGGGUGCUAUUGCAAGUCCAAGAAUUAUAGACCUUGCCCACCCAAGGAUGAAGAUAGAGGGUCUGUGUUAUGAAAGAGAGAAAAGUGAACUGCCCAUCCGUCCUGUGGCCCCAGCUGCCAUGCAAGCCACACCUGGCCCCCGAACAGUGGCUCUAGCUGAGCCCAAGCCUGUUCACCAGGAUUAUUUACCUGCCCGUUGUGUCCAGUGGCCAGUGUCUUAUGCUGCUGCCCAUUCAAAGAUCUCACCCAGAAUUCUGGAACUAGCUAAUCCAAGUGCAAGGGCUCCUGCGCAUAUUGUAUUUUACGAUCCAGAGGUCUUUAAAGUCAAGCCAGCUGCCUUGAAAGCACAGUGUUCUCAGAGGAUUCGGGAGUUGUCAGAACCCCGAGUACGUUAA